AUUUGGCCUGACGAAAGAUUCUGCAGUGGAGGGAAAGUUGCCGACGUCGCGAAAGUUCCUUAGGAGAAAAUCAUGGGUGUCUUGGAGAAAAUCGCCGAGAUUGAGUCCGAGAUGGCUCGGACACAGAAGAACAAGGCGACUAGCGCUCACUUGGGUCUGCUGAAGGCUCGUCUGGCCAAGCUUCGGCGGGAACUUAUCGACCCUAAAGGCGGCGGCGGCGGGAAAGCAGGAGAGGGUUUUGAUGUUGCCAAGACAGGAGAUGCCAGAAUCGGGUUUGUUGGUUUCCCGUCGGUGGGUAAGUCAACCCUGCUGAGUAACCUGGCGGGAGUGUACUCCGAGGUGGCGGCUUACGAGUUCACGACCCUCACCACCGUACCCGGGGUCAUCAAGUACAAGGGCGCUAAAGUUCAGUUACUGGAUCUCCCUGGUAUCAUAGAAGGAGCCAAGGAUGGAAAAGGCAGAGGAAAACAAGUUAUUGCAGUUGCUCGAACCUGCAGCCUGAUUUUCAUCGUGUUGGAUGUUCUGAAGCCCCUCGGGCACAAGAGACUCAUCGAGCACGAACUGGAAGGGUUCGGAAUCAGGUUGAACAAAGAACCGCCAAACAUCCAUUUCCGCAAGAAGGACAAGGGAGGCAUCAACUUCCAGCCAGCGGUUCCCCAGUCAGAGUUGGAUGGAGACCUGGUGAAACAGAUACUGGCUGAGUACAAAAUCCACAACGCUGACAUCCUUGUCAGGUACGACGCAAGCGCGGACGACUUGAUCGACGUCAUCGAAGGGAACAGGGUCUACAUUCCCUGUAUUUUUCUGCUGAACAAAAUUGACCAGAUCUCCAUUGAGGAGCUGGAUAUCAUCUAUAAGAUUCCCCACUGUGUGCCCAUCUCUGCUCAUCACAAGUGGAACUUCGACGAUUUACUGGAGAAAAUGUGGGAAUACCUCGACCUGGUCAGAAUUUACACAAAGCCGAAGGGCCAGCUGCCUGACUAUGAAGCUCCUGUGGUAUUGGACCACAGACACUCCUCCAUCGAAGAUUUCUGCAACAAACUCCAUAAAAGCCUCAUCAAGGAGUUUAAAUAUGCCCUGGUGUGGGGUUCGUCUGUGAAGCAUCAGCCCCAGAAGGUGGGGAAGGAGCAUGUUCUACAGGACGAAGACGUCGUACAGAUUGUCAAAAGAGUUUGAAGUGCCUGAUGUAUCCUGACAACACUUUGAUGCAGAAUUCUUCAUUUAUUUUAAAACCAGCUGCAAAGUGAGAGAAGUACUAUAUCCGCCAAGUGUUCGAAAUACAUGUAAAACUGGAAGGGCUAGGCUAGGCUAGUUUAAGCUGAGGCUAGGCUAGGCUAGGCUUGUCUAGCUAAAGCUUAGCCUAGGCUAGGCAAGUUGAUAUCUACAUGUAUAUAAUCUGCAACUCAGUUUCGAUGAUCUGAAAGUUUAUUAUGUCACCUAAUGUGAUGUCUGGAUUGAAAAGUUGUCAAUUCUAACUGUAAGUUGCAGAUAUUAAAUGGACAGAAUGCCCUCUCUUCUAAUGUAUAUUACCUCCAAUGGUAGCUUAAACUGUAUGGAUUCUGUUUUAAGGUUUGUGAAGAUGACAUAGUUGUCAGCUGAAAGUCUUGAAUGUUAAAAUCAAGAAAUUUCUCCAAAAACAAACUAAGUGUUUACCUCCUCAGCAACUUACCUUGCAUGAAAAAAAAAAGUUUCUUCUAGAAGUAUAUAGGGAACAGACUUUAAGACAUUAUCACAUGCCAGUAUAAAAGACACUAGUAAACUAGAAACUUAAGGUAACAUUUGCAAGGCAAAUGCAUAAUAUUUACCUUUACAUAAGGUCUGCUCUGUUAAUUCU